CCCGUGUACGAUUGUCGCAAUUCGACGGCAUUUUAUAUUUGAGUGAUUGUAAUGUGCUCAAAAUUGCUUCGUUUUUGGCUAUACUGCCAUUCAAAAUGCCAAUGUCUUGUACUGGAAUUAGACAAACAUAGCAAUAUUUGUUUUUAAAUGUAAAAGUUGUAACCGGCCAUCAAGCAAGUUUGUGCAGUGAGGCGAGACAUCAGCAAAUAUUGCGAAACACACUGCAAAUCAUCGUGCUACUUUUGUAGGCUGCAUCAACCUUCAAUUGCCGUAUUUAAGGAAAAAUAUUAUCAGUGGAACGUUCGCAUGGAGAUACAAAUCGUAGAUUUCAAUGACUGCUUUGAAAAUGGUCAAAAUAAAAUUGAAAACGCGGCGUUGACAGAAGCUGGAAUGAAGUUAUAUGAAACGUUUUCCAGGGAUGGUUUUGCCUAUAUUACUACAAGCGUGAUCACGAGAGAAGAUGUUCUCGAAAUCGACAGUUUAUCGAGGAAGUUUUUUGGCCUGCCCACGGAAGAAAAGACAAUGUUUUUCAACGGUCGAUUGGGAUUAACCUAUCUUCCAAUAGGAACAAGAAAAUAUCAUUCGAAAGAUAUAAAGAAACCAGAUUAUGUAGAAGGUUUUCGUGUUCCCUAUAUCACCUGUGACAACAAAUGGCCAAAUAUACCAGGAUUCAGUGAAAAAAUCAGAAAGUUUGAGGAAAAGUGUAAACUUAUUGGAUUACAAGUUUUCAAGUCCUUGGGCAUGGCUAUGAAAUUGAAGGACAAGGAUAAAUUUUACAAUUCACAUCAUCUCUUGAAUUGCGAAGGAAACCCGUCUUCUUUGAAACUUCUUCAUUACCCUCCUGUAAAUGAUGACGUCAUAUCGGAAGGAGUUCAAACUAGGUUUCCUGAGCAUACUGAUUUUGGAUCUCUGACGUUUUUAUUCGGCGAUGAUUUGAGUGGACUGCAGGUGAAAAAUUCGGACGGUGAAUACAAGAAUAUAUCAAAUGUUCCAGAUUCAAUCCUGAUUAACGUUGGCGACGAGCUGCAAUAUUGGACUGGUGGACGACUCAAAUCAACGAUGCAUCGCGUCAUAGUCCCUGAUGACAAAGAGAAAAGACUGCAAUCCAGGAGAUCAAUCGCUUUUUUCUUUCAAAUAGACAACGAUGUUUUAUUGGAUAAAUUGGAAUUUGAAGACGGCAGCAUAGCCACUACCGAUGGCUGGACAGCAAUGUCGUCAGAGCAGUUCAUUGCAAAGCGCUUUAAAGAAACUUAUUAUUAACUCAAUGAGCUAACAUUCUUAACCAGUGUUACCAAGAUUUAACAAUUUUCUACAAUAUAUCUGAAGUUAUAUAUGGCCGUUAGACCAAAUCAGUCUGUAUUAUUUUGGAAAAAUGUUUGCAUUAUCCACUAAGGUGAAAUUUCUCUGUUCUAGUGUAUAAGUUAACGGUCGGAUCUUAGCGUAAUUAUUGCGUCACGGAUAUAACACAGCAAGGAUACAGGCUAGCAAAAUUAUGUCCAUGCAUAUUAUGAGUUUGUGCUUGUCAACUAAAUUACUUAGGAAAACGUUUUCCAUCUUCUAUUUUCACUGAUUAUACACCCAAUUAUUUUUUAGACGUUACUAUUUCCGUGUCAUCCAAUAUUUAAUCAGUAUUAUGUAUAUAUAGCCUAUAUUAGAAAGAAAGCUUAAAACACUUAUCAGUACUACUUCCUAUACUUAGCACCUUAGAUACCUCGCUCACGUAAAAAUGUCAAUUCUUCAGUUACGUCAAACACAAAUAAAUAUGCUUUGUCUUACACGACCUUUCAUAUUCACUUGGUACAUCGAAUAGGUACAUUAGGUAAUGCAUACGGCCUGCGCAUAGUUAAAAAAUGCAGUGGAAAAUUUCGUACGAAAGUUAAUUGGCGAUAGAGGGCGCUUGAUGUUAUUGUACUUGACGUAUAGUACGGACUUGCAUUUAGACAACGACAUUAUAUGGCUUUGAAAAAACAGUUACUAAUUUUGAUACAGAAUUAGUUCCACAAAUUAACUGUGAAGUAUGUAAUUCGAAUAUUUUUAUAGCGCAAGUGAGUAUUAUUUAUACAUCGCAAGUUCUAUCAGUUAUUUCAAAAAUACAAGUUCGUGUUAUUUACAUGAUUUUACAGUUUAAUUCUUCCUAGGGCUAUAGUUUUAAAGGACUUGGUCUUAGAAAACUUUUUCGUCCUUAUUUCUAUAAGAAACGUCCUUAUUUUGACAUGUGUUCUUAUUUUUGUCCUUAUUUUAGGGGGAGGGAUUUUUAUACCGAGCACUUAGUUUGGUCAAUUCGGACAAUGGAUUUGCUAGAAAUGAUUAAAACCUUAUUGAUUGCUAUUGCUACACGUAUUCGACGUGACGUAAUGACAUCAAAUUAAUUACCACAGUGACAAAACAAGAGCCUACCGGCAUAGAUCUUUUUGUGUAACACGA